CUGUUGUGAUUAGACUGAAGAAAGGUUUGUGGUUUUGCGCAUUUAAAGAGUUUAAAUCGAUAGACGUCAAUUUGAUAGUUUUUACAAGCGGAAAACUCCUGGAGAAACAUAUGAGAUCCACAUCACACUAUUAUAAAGAUGGCGUUUAUUAAAGAGGAGAGUGAAGACAUAAAGAUUGAAGAAGUGUUCAGCGUGAAACAUGAAGAUACUGAGGAACAAACAGACCUGAGGCCACUGAAAGAGGAGAGUCAAGAAUUGAAUAAUAUGCAAGAUGAACAUCAUGAUUUCAAGACUGAAGAGAAAUCAAUCAUGAAACUUCACACUGGAGAAAAGCCUUAUACUUGCUCUCAUUGUGGAAAGAGUUUCAAUGAAAAACUAAACCUUAAUGUCCACAUGAGAAUUCACACUGGAGAAAAGCCUUUCACCUGCCAACAGUGUGGACAGAGUUUCAAUCAAAAACAAAACCUUAAUGUCCACAUGAGAAUUCACACUGGAGAGAGUCCUUUCACCUGCCAACAGUGUGGACAGAGUUUCAAUCAAAAACAAAACCUUAAUGUCCACAUGAGAAUUCACACUGGAGAAAAGCCUUAUUCUUGCUCUCAUUGUGGACAGAGUUUUGCACAUAAAAGCACCCUUGAUUCCCACAUAAGAAUUCACACCGGAGAAAAACCUUAUACUUGCUCUCAUUGUGAACAGAGUUUUGCAAAUAAAAUCACACUUAAAGUCCACAUGAGAAUUCACACUGGAGAGAGUCCUUUCACCUGUCAACAAUGUGGACAGAGUUUCAAUCAAAAAACAAACCUUAAUGUCCACAUGAGAGUUCACACUGGAGAGAGUCCUUUUACCUGUCAACAGUGUGGAAGGAGUUUUGCUCAAAAACAAACCCUUAAAGACCACAUGAGACUUCACACUGGAGAAAAGCCUUUUACUUGCUCUCAUUGUGGACAAAGUUUUGCACAUAAAGGCACCCUUAAUUCCCACAUGAGAAUUCACACUGGAGAAAAGCCUUAUACUUGCUCUCAUUGUGGACAAAGUUUUGCACAUAAAAACACCCUUAAUUCCCACAUGAGAACUCACACUGGAGAAAAGCCUUAUACUUGCUGUCAUUGUGAACAGAGUUUUGCAUAUAAAAUCACACUUAAAGUCCACAUGAGAAUUCACACUGGAGGAAAGCCUUAUACUUGCUCUCAUUGUGGACAGAGUUUUGCACACAGUAGCACGCUUAAUUCCCACAUAAGAAUUCACACUGGAGAGAAACCGUUUAUUGGAAUAAAAAAAACGUUCACAUGUGAUCAGUGUGGAAAGAGUUUCACACGUAAAGGAACCCUUAAUUGCCACAUGAAGAUUCACUCAGGAGAAAAGAGUUUUAUAUGUCAUUGUGGAAAGAGUUUCAGUCGUAAAAAUAGCCUCAACACUCACAUGGGACUUCACACUGGAGAGAAACGUUUCAUCUGUAAACUGUGUGGCAAGAGUUUUUCAAAAAAGGGAUAUCUUAAGGCUCACACCAGUGUUUGCACAGGAGAGAAGCGGUUCAAGUGUUGAAAAUUCUGUCUUACUGUGAAAUGGCACAAUGUAACUGAAUGUUUAUACAUCAAAUUACAAAAACUAAAUGAAAUAGGCACAUUACACCACAUUAUUUGCUUCAUUUUUAGUGAGAGAAUCCAUUGGUAAUGUCUUCAAUCUGGACUUGAAUAUGGCUACUGUUGGGGCUCAUCUGGUGACGUGGAAGUUUGUUAGAGCUGCAGGUGCCUCACCACUGAUCCUGCCUCACUGCUAAUUGCGUGACGGGGACUUCUUCCAGAUAGUGUUUACCCAUUGCAAAAUGUGUCCGGAGAGCAGAGAGAUGAGAUAAAUGCCAUGUUUGCUCGAAUCUUGUGACAGGGAUGCAGAAGCUUGUUCUUCAUGUGAUUCAAUUUUAUCCCACUUUAUAACACUGUAUCCCAUCGUGGGACCAAGAACACUAUUGUCAAGAUUACACUCUCCUGACGCUCCCAGCUAUACGUCACUCACACUUACCAGAGUUCUCAAGCUCACCUAUUCCCUUUUAUCCCUUCAUCACGGACACUAUAUCACCCCAGCACAGACACACAGUCAGCAUCUGAUCUCUCAAUUGUAUUACCCUGUAAAACUGUACGAGUAAGACAAAAGAAAGACUCUUCAUGACCGAUUUGAAACUUCCAGAGUAUUUAUCUAGAUGUUCAUGUUCAUUAAGAUCCGGGGAGUUGCCUGGUCACAGAUCCAAAAUGUCAAUGUAAUGAACACCGAGCCACUUCAUUAUGUGAUGUGAUUUGACAUGAAGGACAAGUAUGGUAGCCCAUGCUCGGAAUUUGUUCUCUGCCUUUAAACCAUGCAAGUUAGUCCACACACAUUAGGAGUAGUGAGUAGUGAACACACACACACCCAGCCCGGACACUCAGCCAUUUGCUGUCCACGAGUGCCCCAAUUAUCACUCUUGCCUUGACAUGGUGGUCCAUCAUCCUGGAAAAUGCAAGGAUCAUCAUCAAAUUGCUCCUGGGCAGAAUCGACCCUUCGAAGGGAGUUUUAUUUACAGGCAAUCUGACCAAUAAUGAUCCGCCGAUCAUUCCGCCAAUUUUGUCCAACAAAGCAGGAGAGUUAGUAGAUUAACGUUGGAGGAUUUGAACUUAA